AUGAGCUGUAAAAAUGCAGGCACUUUGAUGGAUAUAUUGCGUGAGAAAUAUGAAAAUAGUGCGAUAGUUACUCUGAGUAGCUUAUUUGUAUUUGUUACUUUAUGCAAUAUGUUCAUUAUGUAUCGUUUAUUAUUGGAUGUAAUACCAUUCCCAAUUGGAGUGACAUUUUCUCAGUUAUUAGUGGGAAUGAUGCUAGCUUAUGUAUUAGGUGGAUUUGAUUUUAAUAAAGUAAAAGAAGAGACAUUAAGUAAAGCAAGUGAGUAUGCAGGUCCAGUUGGUAUCUAUUUAUUAAUGUUUACUAUUGCAAAUAUUUUAUUAAAGUCUACUCCAGUAAUAGCAGUAUAUCCAUGUAUAUUAGCAUUAGCUGUAGUUCUACAUCACAUAUUCCGCUACUUGUUCUGUGAUCAAAGGAAUCUUUUAUCAUUUAAAACAGUAGUAGUUACAGCAUUGUCAUAUAUUGUAGUGUGUAUGGAUACCAAUUUAGUUCCUCCAACACUAUUGGGUUUAUCUAUCCUUUAUGCAAUUUCUUCUGCUAUUUUCCGUGCAGUGUGUUUGGAGAAGGCAUUGCAUAUAACAGAUCGCGAUGCCAAUAAGUUGUAUAAUGUCCAGGUAUUCUGUGGCGUUUUUGCUCUAUUUAUUGCAACUAUAAUUUUUGAACCUGAGUUUUUCUUAUCUGCUCAAUCAAAGAGUAUUUUGGAAAUAUUGUUAUCAUUAGGAUGCUUGGUUACGGUAGGAACUAUUCCAUUUGUAAAGAAUGUUAUUGCAAAUAAGCUAGUAACUUUGGGACAACAGGCUCCAUGGAGAUUUUCAGAAAUUAUUUCAGUUGCUUUAUUCUUUGUAUUUGGUGGAUUAUUCUUUGAAUGUGAUGUAACUGUUAUCACAGUAGUAUCCUUUUUAUUAGUUAUUACAGGUAGAACGAUGUCUAUGAUUGAUAUUAUCAAUAAUGAUAAAGCAAGACAGAGUAUGCAUCAUCGUGCUCAACAUUCCUUGGCUUUUAAUGAAUUACAUGAUGAUACAUCUGCAGAGGUUGACCAACCAGUAAAUAUUGAUGUUGGAGAUGGAGUAGUUACAGAUGUGUAUGAACAACAUGAAGGUACAGAACAUGAGGAUGAGGAAAUAGAUCAAGAAGCUGGAUACAUUGAACAUAGUAGUGAUGCCGAAGCUGAAUAA